ACAACAAAUUGAAAAAUUUCAACAUCAAAUUUUAUUCGAAACUUUGGUUAAAUUUUAAAUGCUCAAUAUGGCGAUGACAGCAGAUUUACCAAAAGAAUUUGAUGUCGUUGUUCUUGGAACUGGCAUGCCAGAAAGUAUUGUUGCAGCUGCUUUUUCAAGGAUUGGACAGACAGUACUUCAUCUUGAUAAACAGGAUCACUACAGUGGUGACUGGGCAUCCUUUAAUUUACAGGGCAUAGAGAACUGGGCACAGUGUCAUCAGGAUGUGUCGACUGAUACAAGCACUGUAACAGAUAAUCUUGUUAGGCCGUCUAUUGAUGAGUCCAGUCUAUUGGAAGAGGGAGAAACACUGAUAGAACUGCCAUUGGACAAUACAAACUUUUCCCAAGCCCAGGUUCAGUACUAUGUAGAAGACGCAGAUGAAGAAGAUGAAAAAAGGACUGAAGACAAAAGCUGUGAUGAUAAUGCAACAACGGUUAGUGAAUCCAAAGAUUCAACAGAUAUUAAAUCUGGUGAUCAUGAGGUCAAGACAGAUCCAGAUGAAGCAAAAACUGGUUUAGGACAAGAAAGUGUUAGUGAAAAACAAGACAGUGGUGCUACAGGGAAUGACCAAAUGGAUAUUGAAAGGCAGCUAGAGGAUCUAAAAACAGGUGAUAAUGAAAAUAAGGAGCAAGCAGAAGUUAACACAGAUGCAAAAGACAAGUUGCCUGAUACUGAACAUAAAAGUGAAGAAAGAGAAAACAUUAGUGAUGAAAAAUCAGGUGAUGGAGUUACACAAGAUGAAAAAAAGGCUCCAGAUUUGGAUACUGUUGUACAAAAGGAGUCAGAUAAGAGUCCAGAGGCUGAGAAAUCUCAAAACAAGUGGACUAUAAAAAGACUGAAGGCUGAGUGGCGAAGGUUUAAUCUAGACUUGUCACCAAAGGUUUUAUACUCAGUUGGAGAUAUGGUUGAGUUGUUGAUAUCCUCUGAUAUAGCCAAAUAUUGCGAGUUCAAGACUAUCACACAGAUUGUCACUAUGAUGAAUGGAAAUCUGGACAAGGUACCUUGUUCUAGAGCAGAUGUAUUCAGCAGUAAGAAAGUAAGCAUGUUGGAGAAAAGGAUGUUGAUGAAGUUUUUACAGUUCUGUCUGCAGUAUGAGGACAAACCAGAGGAAAUAGGAGAAUUUCUAGAGAAACCAUUCACAGACUUCCUUGCCUAUAAGAAGCUCACACCAACAAUUAAGUAUUAUAUUCAACAUUCCAUUGCCAUGGCAACUGAAUCAAUGACCACUAAAGAGGGAUUAGAAAAGAUGAAAAAGUUUCUUAGAUCACUUGGUCGCUAUGGUAACACAGCAUUUCUAUGGUCUCUGUAUGGUAGUGGAGAGCUUCCUCAGAGUUUCUGCAGGAUGUGUGCAGUGUUUGGUGGUGUAUAUUGUCUCAGAAUGUCCGCCUCUUCGAUGGUAAUGGAUGCAGAGAAUAGAUGCAGUGCUGUGAUCACAACAGAGGGACAGAAAAUUAAAUGCAAGUGGCUUAUAAUGGAAGGAAGCUAUGCCCCAGCAAGUUUCAUUGAUAAAGAGAAUAACAGUAGGACAAUAUCCAGGGGCAUCAUUAUGACUGAGAAACCACUACUUACUACAGGGCAGCAGGAGCAGUUGUCUCUGAUGAACCUGCCGUGUCCAGAUGAUGGUGACAGACCUAUCAGUAUUCUAGAACUUCCUCCAUCCAGUAUGGCUGCUCCACUUGGUGUCUAUAUAUACCAUUUAACAAGAAAAGGCAAGGAUGGCGUUCUACCUAAAGAUGAUCUUAGUUAUGCUGUCAGCACUUUGUUUUCAAAUGAGGGAAAUAUAGAUGAAAACAAGCCGGCAAUGUUAUGGUCUCUGUACUUCACACAGAAAGAUAUGUCGGAAGUUCAAGCCAGUAACAACAUUCCAGAAAAUGUAGUCCUGAUGUCGGGUCCAGGCACUGAAAUAGACAUUGACAGACCUGUCCAAGAGGCUAAAGAAGUAUUCAAAAGAAUAUUACCAGAUGAAGAAUUUUUACCAAAAGCACCCAAUCCAGAGGAUAUCAUUUAUGUUGAUGAUUCUGAAGCUCAGGUUGCAGAUGGCAACAGCCAGUCAGAGUUUUCAGAAAAAGAUGAUUCAGAAGGAGGCUCUCAGGAAUCUAAAGAAACCGACCAAUCAGAAAACUCCAAAACUGUUCUUGACCAAUCAGAAAAGAGUGAGCCGAAGACUGAGAAAAUGGACCAAUCAGAAAGUUCUGGAACAGAGGUUGUCCCAUCAGAAGACAGUUUAGACAGAACAGAGGGAUGUUUUAAAGCAGAAGUUGACCAAUCAUGAGGAAGCAGUAAAGAAGUUACAAAGCCAGAAAAAAAGCAGAAAACUGAACAAAAACUCUUUUAUACGCAUUAUUUGGUGGCACAGGUUGUCUGUAUGUCUGUUAUCAAUUUUGUUUCUGCUCAAUAACUUAAGAAUGCUUUAAUCUAUGAUUAUCAAACUUGAUUUGCUUAUUGCUCAUGGACAACUCAUGAUCUCAAUUAAUUUUGAGGUCAGAGGUCAAGAUCACAGUGACUGUUAGCACACCUGUUCAGCUUAAUAUCUUAAGAACUGCUUGACCUAAGAUUUUCAUGUUUAGCAAGCGCAUUGCCCAUGGGUCAAAAAUCAAUGUCACAUUGCAUUCCUUUAAAAUUAAAGUCUUCCAGGGGUAUGCAUAAAAUAAAUAGUAAUAACUGUGCAGUUAUUAAGGUCUUAAUGGGUAAAGGUAUGGCAGAUUUUAUUGUUGAUCUAUUCUUUUAUUGAUAUAUUUUUCUGAAUUUAGAAGAGACGGUAGAAGUAUAAAUCAUAAAUACAGCUGCUAUAGAAGUAUGUUUACCUAAGUUUUCUUACAAGGUCAUACUUGCUUUUAAAGAUUAUUUGUGGGUUAGUAAUUUUUUGUGACUGUAUCAGUAAGGUAAAUAUCAAUGAACAAAUUUCCAUUUGUUUAAGCUUUAAAAUUUUUAAUCCAAAAGAUGGUGUUCAGUGAUCUUUGUAAUGCCUAUGUUACCAACUUCUUAUACUGUCUUUUUUUUUUUUUUUUUUUGAAAAAAAUGCAGCUAGAUUUUGCACCUAUAAACACUGGUACGCCAAAAGUCACAUCUCACUUUAGUUAAGACAGUAUUGCAGUAACACAUAAUUGCAUGAUGUCAAUGCACAAACUAUGAUUGCUUGAUGUUCACAUUUUUGUUACGGAUCAGGUAAUAAGAGACACAUUGUAUGGUCACCUUUAAAGCAUGCUUGCAUAUUUAUGUCAUUUCUUUGGAAAUUUUGAAAAAAAAAAAGCAUUUACUAUUAGUAAUUACAAUAUAAAGAAGUUUUGGAGCAAUAAUAUACGUUUAAGAAAGGUUAUAUAUAUAUAACACGCUUCAUAGUCAAUAGAAUAUGAUAUCUGAGAAGUGUUAGUCACAUGAUCAAAAAUUGAUAUAAAUAAGGAGUGAGUUGGGCUUUACGACGAAUCGACACAAAAUGGUCAUAUAUCGCAGAGAAAUACGAAAGAACUUAGCUUUAAUUUAUAUAGUACGAACUGAAAUACCUACAAUACUAGUUCUUAUUUUCAGUAACAAUAUCAUUCUGUUAUUACUUGCUGUCCAUUUUUAAAAAAAUUGAAAGUUUUGAGAGGCAUGUCUCUUUAAUGGAUCAAGCAUAUUGCUUCCAUUCCGUUGUUAAUUAUUUGUCUGUUUUCAACUAUCAGUUUAUUGUAAGUUGGCAGAUGUAGCUUUAUACAAAUAUUGAACACGAAAAACACACGUUUAGAGAAUGCUUGAACUUGGACUAUAUAACACUGAUCAACAAGGAGCAGGUCACCUAAAGUGAAGGGUUUUUUUUUUACGUAAUUCUUUAAUUUAUUUAUAAUUUUGUUUUGUAAUCAUGUGCAAUAUUUCUGAACAAUUUCUAAAUAAAAUAAAUGUGAUGAUAAAACAUA